AUGUCAAGGGUCUUCGUGUUGCUGUGUUUUCUUCUGCCAGCUGGAGUGCAUACCUUCGUGGGCCAUCACCAUGUCGUGAUCGGGAGAAGAACAGCGAGCAGCGGCAGCGACAUCACGCAACAGGCACCAUCAGCAGCAUGGACUCAAGCGGCCACGCCACCACCACCAGCAACUAGAUGCUGCACGGAGCUGCGCAUGGCCUCAUCCAAGUCGAAACGGUCGAAGAAGGCAAGAACAGCACCAGCUGGACCGACUGCGGCUGCGACCGUUUCUCGGGACGAAGAUCUCGCCGGCUUCCUGCACUGGGCGGGCGAGGAGAUAGGAGUCAAGGCUCCCAAACUCAAGGGAAGUUUCGUCGAUGGGUUGCGCGGGCUGGUCGCGACCCAGAACAUCGCGAAGAACGACGAGAUGGUAGUUGUUCCCAGCGAGUCAGCGCUGGUCACCACGACUGACCAGCUCUGCCCGUUCCCCGAAUGGGUCAGCAAGGACUUCUGGGCCAGUAGUCCAUGGCAAGUCAGGCUGGCCCUCCUGUUGCUGCGCGAGAAACAGAAGGGGGCGGCAUCCGAGCUAGAACCUUGGAUUUCCCGCCUCCCCGAGUCCUUCGGAACUCCGGUAUCGUGGUCGGCCGCCGAGCUGUCGGAGCUGCAGUACCCUCACCUCGAGGCGGUGGCGAGGGAGCAGCGGGAGGAGUGGAAAGGUUACUACUCGUCUCUGAUGGCGUCGAGCCCGGGUUGCGGGGUGGCGGAGGAGGAGCUGUCGUGGGCGAUCGGGGUGGCGUACAGCAGGGCCUUCAGCGGCCCGUAUGAAGGGCGGGGCCCCAAGGAGCGCCUGGCGGAGGUGGCGUUUGUGACGGCGCUGGCGGGAGGCUCUCUCGCCCUGGGGCUAGGCACACCCGACCAGGUGGCGAACGGGGCUUUCGCGGUGUUGCUCAGCAUACCCUUGAGCCUGGUCCGGUGAGAACCCGGCGUGCUCCGUCCCGGCUUUGUAGGGAUGCGAGGUCAAUGGU